CAAAUUUCAAGGACGGCACAAACCGGCAACGUGGCAUCAUCCGUUCAAUAAAAUAGGGAAUUUUUUCCGACAAGGGAUUGCGGUUCUCUGCUUGCGUCCUUAUAUCAACUUGUGUGUUCGCGACGCUAACGUUUUCAAGUUAUUUUUCAUAUUUUAGCCGACCAUCGAUAGUUGGAAUUCUUCAUUCCAACCAUAUUCAGGCAUCAUGGAUCCUGAAUUGGUAGUGCAAACUCUAAACUUCCAUGGUCAACAACUGACAAAGCUUUGGGAAAAUGAACGUGGAGCUGCUUCUCUACAAGUUGCCUCGCUGAGGGAUCUUGAUUAUCAAGUUUAUCAAAAACGUUCCAAAGAUCUAGGAUUCCAAGAGCGUGGGAAAAGGAUUAGGAUGCACCAGUUUAUUGUAGACAAGGCUCCCCAGCUGUUCAAGGCUGAAAAGAAGCCUAAAGAGUCUGUCAAUUCAGCAUUACAAGCUCAAGAUGAAGAUUUCUUCCCACUGAUGCCUCCUCUCGAGUCAUUCUGCCAUUUUGACAAGUCUGAAUCGCGGACAAACUUCUUUGAAUCCAUCAAAAUUGGAGAUGUUCUAAUUGGCCAAGUUCAACAAAAGAACUUUCAUGGUCUCGUAUUUCGUGUAGUUGCAACCGAGGAUUCGACGAUCUUACGUGAUGUCCGGGAGCUAGCCAUAAAAGGAAGUAUCCAACCGGAUCAAUAUGUGUCUGAUCGUAAAGAGGGCGCUUUUAACACUGGGGACCUGAUUCGCUGCGAAGUGAUCGACUUUAACGCCGAUAACGAAAAGCUUGUAUGUGGAAUGAAAGGUUUGCACCAACCCGCUGAAAGGGCUGAUUUGCAGUUCGGCAUUGUCACGAAGGAACAGUUGCCAAAGUCUUAUAAAGCUAUGGUUGAUCUCACUGGAAAAUCAUACGAAGAAUGCCUGCAGAGCAACCGCACGUUCCGUAACCCUAGCGCAAUCGAGCACUUGUCCAAAUCGCUGGGAUUAAAUCUUGCUAGCGAUGUACCAGAUUCCUUCUUGAAAGGAUUAAAUGCUCCAAUCGAGGCUAGUGAUUACGCAGAUGAACUCCGUAAGAGUCAGAAUAGCAAGUGGGCUACUAAAAGCGUGGCCGAGGGCAUCAAAUACUUCAAGGCCGGACUGGAAACUGAGGCGUUCCAGUGUCUGAACAAAGCCCUGCACAUUGAUCCAGUAAACAUCGAGGGACUCGUGGCACGAGGAGCUCUGUAUGCUAACAGAGGCAGUUAUGACAAGGCUAUCACUGAUUUCGAAGCCGCGCUGAAGGAACGCCCCAAUCAUGCGAAUGCAACCAACUACUUGUCAGAGACGCUUGUUGCCUAUGCAAAACAAUACGAGGAUGAAAAAAAUGUUGACACGGCUAUUCAGCUAUAUCAAAAGUGUUUAGGUGUCAAUCCCAGUCACCCGGAAGCUCGCGCUUCUCUUCAACGCUUGUCUAAAAGCCGUCAGCGUCCAAACUUCAACAUUGAUUUUAUGGAUAUGGAAAACGGUUCUUCUGCUAAAGCAACUGGUAAGGGAACAGAAGAAACAGAGCAAAAAGAUGAAGGGCGUAAAUCUCGUCGUCAUCGUAAACGAGGAAAGCGUGGAAGUAGUAGUAGUAGCUCUAAGAGUGGAAGCUCAUCGUCAAGCCGUUUCUCUUCGACUGGCUCUGAUUCAUCACGUGGCCGUUCACGAUCUAAGAAGUCACGGCGUUCUAAAAAGGCUGCGAAGCAUGAGCCUUCGCUUUCACCGUUCAGUAAAAAGAUGGCUCAGUUAAAUCCUUCUAACGCCGCGACAGUAGCUGGUGAUGUCGGCCAAGUUGUACCCCCUAAUCAAGCGACGUUUUAUCCAUCAACUGAGUACCCAUCUAUUUCGACUCAACCUCAUCCUGUCCCACCACCUGCUUUUGGUGCUCUUGGGGGAAAUCCUCCACCACCGGUAUUUGCUGGUUAUGCCUCUUCGAGUGGCGCUUCUGGUGCUCAAGGUCAGACUGUUGGCUACGAGAAAGAAGUCCAGAACUUUAUCCAGCGUACAGCACUCAAUGAAGAAUACGAGAAAAAGGUUGAACUGUUUUUGCAACGCGUUGGUAAAGGAGGCAAGGACGGAGAGAAGAAGGAGGAGAAAGAGAAGGACAAAAAGAAGAAGAAGAAGAAAGAUCGCAGCAAAGAUAAGAAGAAAAAAGACGGCAAGCGUGAUAAAAAUAAGGAGAAGAAGCACAAGAAAAAAAAGAAGGGUUCGGACGAUGAAGAUUCUGAUAAACAGAUAUCACCCAAUCUGUCUGGAUUGGAUGAACUUGGGGAACUCGAAGCCAAGCUUAGUGCUGUUUACAAUAAGCUAACGGCUAAGGAGUCGUCAAAGAAGAAGAAGAAGCGCAAGAGGCACUCUUCAAAUUCAAGCGAUUCGUCUUCGUCAUCGGGCAGUUCUUCUGAUUCUGAACUGGAAAGGAAAAAGCGCAAAGCGAAAAAAGCAUUAGAAGAUCUUGCUGCUGCCGCUGGUUUAUUACGUGGUGGCGAAUCCAAAUUGAAUGUGAAACCCGAGCCCGUUCCGCCACCGUCUUAUGUACCAACACCCGGAGCCGCAGGAAUGUCGGCUUCAGCUGGAGGUGCAUCUGGUGAUGACGAUGAUUAUCCAGGAAAAUGGCGACCCAUGGCGUUGAAGGUGAAGUUGGGUCGUGGGUCUGACGAGCCCGAAGUUGAAGAAAGUCGUAUGGUAUACAUGAAAGAAGAGAAAAGAGCUCCGCCAGCUCAACAAGCACCUGUUGAACAAGAAGAGGAGAUGCCGCCAGGUGACUUCAGGGAAGACAAAGUCUCUUUUAAGAUACAGUCAUUUGGAUUGUUUGGCCCGGGUCCUCGUCAGGCACCGCCCAAACCAGUCAGUCCGCCAAAAACCAAUGAGCAAGCUCAGUCGGAGGCCAAUCAAGAGAAAGAGCGUGGAAGCAGAUCCCGUUCGCGGUCUCAACGCCGCCGCUCACGUUCGCGUAGCCAAUCUCGAAGCCGAAGUCGUGGGAGGUCAUAUUCACGAUCUGGUUCUAGAUCUCGGUCUCGGUCUGGGUCUCGCGACCGCCGUAGACGAUCACGAUCCCAUUCCGGCGAUAGACGCCACCAAAAUCAACGUUAUCGCGGAGGAAACCGCCAUCCGAAUCAAAACUAUCAUCAUCGUGGCGGACGCUAUCCCCAACGUGGUGGCUUUCAGAACCGUGGUCGUGGUUGGAAUAACAACUACAAUAACAAUCGUGGAGGAUAUAACAACCGCCCGUACAACAAUCGACCUUAUCAUAAUAACAACAACAACAAUCAAGGAGGAUAUGAUAAUCGCCGCCACCGUGGUCGCAACAGAGGCGGCUAUUGGCAACAGCAAAUGCAACGAUCGUAUUCGCGUAGUCGAAGCCGUAGCCGCACUCGAUCCCGUUCUCGCAGCCGCUCACGCAGCUACAGUCGCAGUGUAAGCCGCAGUCCAUCUCGCAGCCGCUCCCGUAGCCGCCAGGACAACUAUCGCGGUCGUGACCGAGAUGCAAGAGAUAACCGGGAUGCCAGAGAUACAAGUCCUCAAGGUCGUAAUGAUCAGGAUCAGCAUCGUAACGAACGAGAAAGUGGAGAAAGAGAUGUACAGCAACGUAGUCCAGCACGUGAAGAGAAACCUGGUCCUGUACCCGCUCCAGUUGCCGCUGUGACAGCAUCGUCGUCCCAGUCUGAUCGUCGUAAAGUUGGAAGUAAAUGGGACGAUGGAGGUGGUGACGACGAUGAAGACUUGGUCCCACCGGGCUGCGAAUAGUUUUUCUACACGUGCAGUUAAUACUGCAACAUUUGAUGAGCACAUGGAAUUCCUUCAUUUUUUUUUCUCAUACAUUUUAACUAUUCGCCCCCCCCCCAUUUGCAAAGUUCAACACGAUCAAGUCUGCAUAGCAGUUUUCAACCCUAUGAUUUUACUUUCAGAAACCAAGCUGAUUUUGUCUCGUCAGCCGUUCCAUUGUGUUCCUCAGCACUCGUUGUCCCCCUUUAAGAUUCCUUUUCUCGUGUCAAACAUGUGUGCUAAGGUGAUAAAACAUUGAGUUGAACAUCUUUCCUAUGUACAUCUGGAAGCCAUAUUACACGAGCAACGUUAA